ACGUUUAUAGUAUUAGUGCACCAUUUAUAUACACAUAGUAUACUACACAUUUGUUCACUUGUACACAUAAUCGAGUUGGGAUCAUCGUAUCAUAGUUUUACCAUCUUUCCGAGAGAAAUUCUAUUGCGUCGAGGAAAACUACUCAACGAUAUUAAAAGGAAAGGAAUAAAAACAAUAGACAGCAUGCUAAGUAGCUUGGCAAACUAUUUACUAGGAGGUAACAUCUCCACAACACAAAAUUCGCGCAAUGCUUCUUCCAAUAGUGAAAGUCUGGAUCAUAUUCCUGUAAUAGCAAGACUCAGCCAGGUGGAGGUCGAGGGCGAAGAUUGGAUCCUCAUCGACCGCACUAUUGAGGGCGCAACGGCGCUGGAGGAAUCGUGGUAUGUAACACCACCCGCAUGUUUUACACGGGCAGGACCCGUAAACGUAGAAACCUCACCGCUCGAAGACCUGCUGAUCGAGCAUCCAAGUAUGUCUGUUUAUCGAGCAACAGCGUCUCCUAUCGCUCCUGAUACUCCACCACCAACGCCAGAUGCUACAGAGGAACGAGACCUUGUAGAAGAAGAAGAAGAACUUACUACUCAACCUGCUCGUACCUCAGAUUUAUCCACCACCGUUUCCUUAGAACGUAGUUUAAGAAGGAGCGAGGAUGACGAUACAUUAUCCAGACCGGCCAUCCAUGACGGUAGACCUACCAAUAACCGGACUAAUAGCGACAAAGUCCGAGUCGUUCAGCUUCGUUCCGCUCAAAAGGUUCUUGAGAAAAGAUCGACUCAAGUACUGAAGAGAGGUCGAUUGGAGAGGAGUAACAAAUUAAGGGAAGUGUUCGGUGUAAAGGGGAAACGGCCACGUCGUCAAGAUCGUUUACGUCUUCAAAAUAGUGGCGCAAAUAACAACCGAAAAUGCUAGUCAUUCGAUCUCAGGCUAAGGUGUACUUAAAAAACAUUUUUCUUUUCUUUAUUCAAGAAGAAUUAAACAAAACUAUUACAAAAAAUAAAACAAAA